UGCGCCCGCGUGGGGGCGUCGGCCCGCGCCCGCGAGUGGGCGCCCACGGGGACCCCGCGGGCGGCGGGAGCCCGGCGCUCGCCUCCUGGAAGCCGCGGGUCGGCGCCGCCCCCGAGGGCCUCCGCGCUCCGACAGAAACUGCUCUUCCAUUGAUUGGGCCCGGUCGGGCGAGCGGCCGGGGCCGGGGCCGGGGCCGGCGCGUGUGCCCCGAGCGAGCGCGUGCGGAAGGCGGGCGGCCAGGAAGUCGGACUUGUGCAGCGAGCGAGCGGCACCGGCAGGGGGACGAGCCUUCCCCGUUGAUGUGUCUGCUGGCGUUCGCCUUCUUCGCCCCAAGACUUCAGGGAGCGUCCCCGGGCUGCGUUCCCCGCGUGUGAGGCACGGAAGGGCUGGAUGUCUGAACAACAUGAUUAUCCAUUAGCCUCCAGACUUUCCCUUUUUUAAACCCAAAGAAUAUCGGUGAUUUUUGUCCACUGCUAGCAGAAGAAGAGAGAACCUGGGGCUCUUGAAAUGCAGCAAAGUCCUUAUUUAUAAACAGGCCCGAGAUAGUGAUAUGCAAACCCCCUGCACUCAGUGAAUUUUCUAUCCUAUGGAUAUCGGUCUUGAGAUUUGAGAUUGGAGAGCAGUCCUGUCUGCGCUGGGUCUGGCAGCCUCCAUCCUUUCAAUGCCCAGUUUCCUCUGGGACUGCUGGCCUUCCCUGGAGAUCAGAGCUGUACUGUGUGCCAUGGGCUGUAUUCAGAGCAUCGGGGGCAAAGCCAGAGUCUUCCGGGAAGGCAUCACGGUGAUUGAUGUGAAAGCCUCUAUCGACCCCAUCCCCACCAGCAUCGAUGAGUCCUCCAGCGUGGUGCUGCGCUAUCGGACGCCCCACUUCCGUGCCUCGGCCCAGGUGGUCAUGCCACCCAUCCCUAAGAAAGAGACCUGGAUUGUCGGCUGGAUUCAGGCGUGCAGCCACAUGGAGUUCUACAACCAGUAUGGGGAGCAGGGCAUGUCCAGCUGGGAGCUCCCAGACCUCCAGGAGGGCAAGAUCGAGGCCAUUAGUGACUCGGAUGGGGUGAACUACCCCUGGUACGGCAACACCACAGAGACAUGCACCAUUGUAGGCCCCACCAAGAGAGACUCCAAGUUCAUCAUCAGCAUGAACGACAACUUCUAUCCCAGCGUCACAUGGGCCGUGCCCGUCAGUGAGAGCAACGUGGCCAAACUGACCAACAUCUACCGGGACCAGAGCUUCACCACGUGGCUGGUGGCCACCAACACCUCAACCAAUGACAUGAUCAUUUUACAGACGCUGCACUGGCGCAUGCAGCUCAGCAUCGAGGUGAACCCCAACCGCCCCCUGGGCCAGCGUGCCAGGCUGCGGGAGCCCAUCGCCCAGGACCAGCCCAAAAUCCUAAGCAAGAACGAGCCGAUACCACCCAGCGCCCUGGUCAAGCCCAAUGCCAACGAUGCUCAGGUCCUCAUGUGGCGGCCCAAGUACGGGCAGCCACUGGUGGUGAUCCCGCCCAAGCACCGGUAACAGCCAGGGUGCCCUGCUAGGCCAUAGACUCAAAUAAUAACACUGCUCCAACAACACCCACACGGACUCUUCAGUCAUUCAGCAAAAUACAACCACUCUGCCUUCUCGAGCGGGCGGAUCUCACUGUGCAAAUGCCCCGGGAUGGCCUUCCCCAGCCCUCUUGGCACCUGCUUCCUUUCGGGGAGGGGGAGGCCCGGCCGGGACACCCAACCCCACGUCCCCCCUUCACCUUGAGUCUCCUUUCCUGGCAGUUUCUAUCAUUCACUUUGCAAAACUCCCUGAAACAACUGCUUUUUCAGUUCUUCUUCUCUCUCUCUCUUUUUUUAAAAACACCUCUUUAAGAGGUUCAGGGGCGGGAGGAGGCGGAGCUGGUCGUGACACUGACCGGCACCUGCUGCUGAUUUGUGAGUGGCGGCCCCCCAUGGCAGCUCCCCUCGUCCUCUGUCACGCGGCCUUACCUAGACUCGCUUUGCCAAACUUUUGCCUUAAGCUAAAUUUAAAGGAAAAAAGCCCAAAACAGACAAAGAAAGCAGGAUCUCUUUUCUACCAGAUUAUUUUCGGCUACAGGUGAAGGAGGGGGCAGGGCCAGGGAGCAGAGAGGCACCUGUGCCCUGCUCCCAGGUGUCCUGGCAGAGGGGCAGGGGGACAUAUUUAGACCUAAAACCAGCUACUUGUUCUUUUAUUUCUGCUGAAACUGAGAGUAACCAUCUGCAGAGCCCCUUCUCUCAGGCUCUGGUGGGAAACCUCCACCCCACCAUACCUGCAGAGGUACCUGUGCGCUCUGUUGGGGUAGAUCUGCUGGGGCUGCUUCUCUGGUCUCUCUUCUGUCAGCCUUAACUUGCCUGGGGUAAAUCUGGGAGGAGAGAGAGAGGGUUGAGCCUCAGUGGUUCUCGCCAUCUCAGUCCUCAGCACCCAGCCACGGAUGCGUCCGUCGGCACAUCUAAGGGUUUAUAGCUUUUCCUUUUCUGUCCACACUGGCCCCAAAUGCCUGGAGGGCCACCUUGAGCCAGAUUUAGUCUGAAGGUAAGGAAGGCAGGCAACUUUCCUACUGGCUCCUUCUCAGGGGAUGCCCCUCCCAGGUACUCUGGGAGAAGCUGCAGACAGGUUCUGGGCACCAGUGUUGGAGGUGGGGGGAAGCUGCCGAGGGGGGCACCCAGGAUAGGCGGUCCUGGAUCUGGGGAGAGGCCAGAAAGGCCAUCACAGGUGCCCCACUGUGAAGCAGACCAGGGGGUUGUCGGGGGUUACAUGGGGACAUAGUUGACAGGCAUUGGGGCCGCUCCAGAGGCUGGUUGACAGUGUGGCUAGUCCAGAGGGCCACUAUCCCUCGGUUCCAGGGCCCUGCAGAGCCCUAGGAUGGUCCUGAGCGACACUAAGCUUUCUUAGUAAUGUCUGCCUUGAUGCCUGCCUGCAGAUGGGGGUUACCCCACAGAAGCCCCCUUCCUCAAACCUGCUGAACCCCACAGCUACUUUACCCAGCCCUGCAUUUGAAUUAAUAAUACCCAAGUACAGAAAAUCAUCAGAAAAGAAAAAUAAUUCAUUUCUGCUGCAGAUGAGCCACUUGUAGGAGUCCCAGUGACAACGUGGGAGGAUGUGGGUCACCUUGAUCUGCUCCUUUAUCCACGUGGCAUUGUAACUUAGUCAAGGGGUGCUUAACGUCCCAUCUGUCUCCCAGCCCUGCUCCUGAUAGCAGGUCCACAGCUAUCUUGGAACAACCAGACCAGAAACACGUCUGUGUCGCCAGUGUGCUGCAUGGGGAACCCCUUUGUCAGGCCCAAGAUUUUCCCCUGGAAACUGCCUGUUCCCCUGGGUGUGUACGGAGACCCCGUCACCCAGAGAGACCAUAGCCUCAAGUGAGGGGGGAUGAUGGGUCCCAGCUCUACCUCCCAGGGAAGGGCCUGGGAGGGGCUAGGCUGCCGGCAUCCUGCUGCUGUGGACAGGACCUGACCUCCUAAUGGAGCGGCCCUUCUCUGCACUCAGGUCUUUCUUGCACUAAAAAAAGGAGGAAGGGCCCUGGGUGAGGGGUCGGAGGCUGGAGUUCAGGUUCUGGGUGGGGUCAUCACUAAGGGGUUCUUACUGCCCUAGGGGUGGGAGCAGGAGAGGACAGUAAUGAGUGGUCCUGAGCUGUUGUGGGCCGAGUCCCUCAAACAUGUACCUGCUGAGUGUGAGCAAGCCCUCUUGCCAGGGACCAGUGCUGUGCCCACUAGGAGGGGGCAAAGCUACUCUGGCUGCCUCCCCUGGCCUAUUGCAUGCCUGGGCCCCAGCUCACCUUGCUCCUUGACUCAUCCCGCCCCUCCUGCACCCCUUUCUCUCUGACCCUCCUGGCCCUUCUGGAGACAGGGCUGGAAAGGCCCUGGAGAGGCCGCAGGUCUGGCCCAGGACACUGGGCUUAGCCUGGGUCUGGUCCCUGGGCCUCCUCCCUAUCAGGAGCACAGACACUGGGCUUCUCACCUGGGUCCCCAAUCCCCCUGGUGUCCCUCUCCCCUGGUGUGGACACACUCCUCCAGCAAUAAGGACUAUCCGUGGUCAUGGAGAGUACUGUGAAAACAAACCAAUGCACUUACCAGGAGGCACAAGACUCUUGAAGAAUAUGUAAAAUUAAAUUUUUUUUAAAAAAGAAACAACAAAUCUUCACAAAGAGAAAUAAAAUGUAAUUUU